GUGAUAUUCCCAACGCUAUUGCUUUGCAUCGGUGCAGUUGCGUUGGGAUUGCUAUGCUCAAGAGUGGUGAAAUCGACAACUGCUGCCCUGAUAGUGUCUUGCAUGGUCGUCAUGGUGUUAUUUGUAGUAAACUUUGCCAUUUCCUUCACGAACUAUAGAAAAGGCCUUUUUUAUUACAUCUGCCUGCUUAGUAUCUUUUCAGCAUAUCACAAAUGCAUAUUCGCCAUUCAGCUCUCUUAUAAAAGAGGUUUUCAAGAGUACGUACAUCUCUAUUACACAGUGAAAAAAUCAAGUCGAUUCGAGAGAUUGUCGAAUACCAGAAUUCUAGAAAAUUAC